CCCCCCCCCUAGAUUCUAUUCACAUGCACUCUUGGCUAGGUAGGCUCGCUUAGGCCUCCAGCGUUGGCUGUGAAGCCCGGAGCAUCCGCUCAGCCCGCGAUGGAUCCUCCCUCGCAAGACGACGCUAGCUCGACCACUCCCUCCUCACCCACAGAGACGCGACAGCAUUCUUCCCGACGCGAUUCUAGGGAAGCUAGAAACGACAUACCCCAGGAAGGCUACAACUCGCCCGAGACUGCGCGCAGGCGGCCCAAUCAAUCGUACGGCACAGUGCAGACACCGCCGCCGCCUACAGCUGGUGGCGCGCAAUCCUUGGGGGAAUCCGCCUUCGAACGACCUUAUUCGAGAACCUCAGCUCAGCAAUCUCGUUCCCCUCUAUCAGGUCCGGACCGUAGCCGACAACGCCCUAAGAAGCCUCCUAUGCCUCGCCGUGCGUCGUCAAACACCCUCGCUCCCCACCGCGGGGAGGUCUUCUCGACGGAUGACGAUAUAAACGAGGUUGAGAAUUAUCCUACCGAGCGACAGGCGUACUCCCCCUUGCCCACGUAUAGCGCCGAAUCGGGCAGACAGCCGGCCACACUGCGACGACGCAGCGUAGCUCCCCCGAUUCUAUCGCGCGUGCACUCCGGCCGUAGUAAUCCUCUCGAAGAUGAGGGUAUUGACGAAGUAUUAGAAGAAGAGGAGGAGGAGAGGGGGGAGGAGGAAGAGGUCGUGCCGCACGAGGAGGGCAUAUUGCAAGAACCGGCGGCUCCAGGAGCUGGCAUGCUCGAGGACGAGGACGACAACCUUAGCGACGCCGAGAGUUUCACCCUGAAGGAUCGCCAGCAAGCCAUCAACGAGACGCAUCCCUUUGGUAUCAGGAUCUGGAAGCCUGCCUUGUACAAGAAGGACCGAUCGGUCCAGAAGACUGCUGAGGGUGAUAUUCACUCUUCCCCAGGGGGCCGAGUCAGUCGCUGGCUUUUGUUUUUCAACAUCACCUGGACCCUGCUUUUCGGCUGGUGGAUGGCCCUCUUCGCCGCGCUGGGCGCAAUAGCUUGCUUCACUUUCGCGGCCGCUCCUAGCGGGAGAGAAUACGGCCGCGUACUAUGGGGUCUGGCCGGCUAUCUCUUCUACCCCUUCGGUAAGUUCGUGCGCCUUGACCAGGACGAGGCAUACCUGGAGGAAGAUGAGGGCGAGGGUCGAAGCAUCAGCGAGUAUGAGCAGUGGCAGAGCGGCGACCUGGAAUACGGUCGGCUAUUUUUCGGCCCCCAGCGGCACACCAUCGUGGGCCGGUCGAGACGAAGCAUCGACUCCGAGGCGGCCGAGACGGACAGCCUCCUCGCGCGUUCGGGCCGCCACGACGACCCCAGCGAUCAUGGAAGACGGCUCAAGAGACGUCUGUUCGGCCGGGGCCAGUGGAAUAUCGGCCGCGUCAUCUUCUUCGUCUUCUUCUGGGGUCUCAUCACGCCUUCGCUCGUGUCUGUUUCUGCCAUAUGUUGGUUCAUGGUCUUCUGGAUCCCGAUGGGCAAAGUUACGAACUUGCUCUUUGAUCACCUCAGGAGACACCCGCUCGCUCUGUCGUUCGAGUCUGAUAUGAGCAUUGCCAGGACCUCGGAUCACCCGCACUCUUCUAUACUGCUGUGCACUUACCGAGCUGUCGGCUCCCAGUAUUGGAAGUAUACCAUCGACGGUACCAACAUCUUCCUCAUCAACCUCAUGGCCGUCGUCAUGCUCGUCAUCUUCGACUGGCUUGUGCUCGACGGGAUCCUGCAUUUCGACAAUUUCCUAACGUCCCCCGGUUUCCUGUUUGUGGCCGGCCUGUUCUCCAUCAUCCCCCUAGCUUACUUCAUCGGCCAGGCCGUCGCGUCCAUCUCGGCCCAGUCCUCGAUGGGCCUGGGCGCCGCUAUCAACGCUUUUUUCUCGACCAUCGUGGAGGUCUUCCUCUACUGCGUGGCGCUCAAGGACGGUAAGGGCCAGCUGGUCGAGGGGAGCAUCAUCGGGAGCAUAUUCGCUGGCAUCCUCUUCCUGCCGGGGCUGUCCAUGUGCUUCGGAGCUAUCAAACGCAAAACACAGCGCUUCAACGCGAGAUCGGCCGGCGUCACCUCCACCAUGCUCAUCUUUGCUACCGUCGCCGCCUUCGGGCCGACGCUCUUCUACCAAAUCUACGGCACCCACGAACUCCAAUGCCAGAGCUGCACUGACUUUGUGGGAUCCGACGAGCGAGAUUGCCGCCGCUGCUACUACUCGCAGGUGCCGGCUCUCGACGACCGCUUCUACGUCGAAGCCGUGCGCCCAUUUUGCUACUUGGCCGCCACCUGUCUCUUCUUGGCUUACGUCAUCGGUCUAUGGUUCACCCUGAGGACACACGCCGCCGUCAUUUGGAAUACCGAGAUUGACGAGAAGAAACACGAGGAGUCCCAGCAGCAAGCGCCGCGCUUUUCCGAGGGACGCAACGCGGCGGCCGACGCGACUGGUACCGACAUCCGAGACAGUCAUUUGUAUAAACGUAUCCUCGGCCAGUCAUUGAAGCAAGUCGGUUUGCCGAGCGGCGAAGAGGGCCACCACUCGCACCAGACAUCGGAGGGAUUCGCGGCGAACAGCGCCAUUCCGACGCCGCACAUGGUCCCCCCCAAAGACGGGGUGGUAGAAAACAUCCGCUCCAGCGUCAAUAUCCCCGGCUUCACGGACGCCGAGAAUAACAGCCUUGUCCGCAGCGUAACGGAGGUGGCCGCUACGGCAGCGGCUAUUGCAGCUCGCGACGCCCGGGGCCCGCGUCGUCUCUCAGCCCAGACGUCGACCGCCGGCGCUAGCAGUUCGGCGCCGCGUGUCACGCCCAUCCGCACGGGCACCUUCCCGAAUGCCGAAGAACCUAUCGCCGAGCAUGCUCAGGCGUCACACGGAGGCCACGAUGCGCCGAACUGGAGCCGGACGAAGAGCUCGAUCAUACUCAUGGGCGCUACGGUCCUGUACGCAAUUGUCGCGGAGAUCCUGGUUGACACGGUAGACGUCGUACUGGACAACUACGCAGUCGAUCCCAAGUUCCUCGGGAUUACGCUGUUUGCCCUCGUUCCCAACACGACGGAAUUCCUGAACGCCAUUUCCUUCGCCAUGAAUGGUAACAUUGCGCUAUCUAUGGAGAUCGGCUCCGCGUACGCGCUGCAGGUGUGCCUGCUCCAGAUCCCGGCGCUCGUUCUCUUCUCGGCGGUGUACCCCCUCCAACCAGACGGCGACCCGGACCCCAGCCGCUGGACGUUCAGCCUGCUGUUCCCGCAGUGGGACAUGGUGACGGUGAUCCUGUGCGUGUUCCUGCUGAGCUACAUGUACGGCGAGGGCAAGAGCAACUACUUCAAGGGCAGCAUCCUGAUCCUGACGUACCUGGUGGUCGUCAUCGGGUUCUACUUCUCCGGCUACGCUGACACCCAAAUGGGCUCGAUGGGGAUGAGCCGAUUCGACCGGCUCGGCUCCGACGGGUCAUGGAAGAGCUACAAGACCAUCGGACGGGGCUCGAGCGGGAGGGCAUACGAGACGGGUGUGGAUUUCUAAAUUGCAACCCCCCUCCGCUCCGCGAGAACCCUCCUUUCUUUUUUCUCUUUCUGGGUUUUCCGUUUCAAACCAACACAACCCACCUUCUCAGUUUGGCUCCCGUAAACACGACGGUGAUGUCUCACACCGUACUCUUUUUUUUUUCUGGCCUGUACCUUUGUCCGAUUAUGAUAUCCCCUGCCUUUUUCUUUGUACGAUCACCGCAACAUUAGAUGACUUUCUGUACGGAGCAUGGACGGACGGGCAUCGACGUCGGGUCGCCGUGAUGCGGCCCGGGUGUUGAGAGAGACGCGGAGAGGGCGUGAGAAUGAGUCGAAGUAAGGGCACUCUCACGAAUGAGGAUUGUCUGCCCUCCCACCUGCGGGAAACGGCAGGAUGAAUGGGGCUAUAUACACAUAGCCGGUUUUAUCUUUAAUAGAGCUCAAGGUUGGCUCUGACCUUGUAAUGUAUGCCAACAUUGACGACUAGGGUGGGUCACGACG